AUGAACGGGGUCCUGAUCCCGCACACGCCCAUCGCGGUGGACUUCUGGAGCCUGCGCCGGGCUGGCUCCGCGCGGCUCUUCUUCCUGUCGCACAUGCACUCGGACCACACCGUGGGGCUGUCCAGCACGUGGGCGCGGCCCCUCUACUGCUCCCCAAUCACCGCCUUCCUCCUGCACCGUCACCUACAGGUGUCUAAGCGGUGGAUCCGAGCCCUGGAGGUUGGGGAGAGCCAUGUCCUGCCUCUAGAUGAAAUUGGGAGAGAGACCAUGACUGUCACCCUGAUGGACGCCAAUCACUGCCCUGGCUCGGUCAUGUUCCUCUUUGAAGGAUACUUUGGAACCAUCCUCUACACAGGCGAUUUUCGGUUUACCCCGGCCAUGCUGAAGGAGCCCGCCCUGAGCGUGGGGAAGCAGAUCCACACCUUGUACCUAGACAACACCAAUUGCAACCCCGCGCUGGAUCUCCCUUCCCAGCACGAAGCGGCCCAGCAGAUUGUGGCGCUCAUUCGAAAGCACCCACAGCACGAUGUGAAGAUCGGACUCUACAGCCUGGGGAAAGAGUCCCUGCUGGAGCAGCUGGCCCUGGAGUUUCAGACCUGGGUGGUGUUGAGUCCUCGGCGCCUGGAGUUGGUGCAGCUGUUGGGCCUGGCAGAUGUGUUCACAGUGGAGGAGAAGGCUGGCCGCAUCCACGCCGUGAACCACACGGAGAUCUGCCAUUCUGCCAUGCUGCGCUGGAACCAGACCCGCCCUACCAUUGCUAUCCUUCCCACAAGCCGGAAAAUCCACAGCUCCCACCCCAAUAUCCACAUCGUCCCGUACUCCGACCACUCCUCCUACUUGGAGCUGCGUGCCUUUGUGGCAGCGCUGAAGCCUUGCCAGGUGCUGCCCAUCGUCAGUCGCCAGCCCUGUAGGGACUACUUUCAGGACAGUCUGGGCCCCAGGCUCCCCGUGCCCUUGGUUCCAGACUCUGUCCAGCAAUACAUGAGUGCCUCCUCCAGCAAACCAAGCGUCCUCUGCCUGUUAGAAAGGAAGCUCAGGAGGCCGAGGACCCAGGGUGUCGUGUUUGAAUCUCCUGAGGAAAAGGCUGAUCGAUUUCAAGCUGACGGGGACUCCAAGAAAGCCAAGAACGAGGACCUUUCUGGGAACCUUGAGAAGCAGCCUUCCCUCCAUCCUUUGCGGACCAAGAAGCAGUUGUUCCCAGACCGCUGCAGCAAGCAGGCAGUCCCUUUUUCCGAGUCCCAGAAGAUGGUGACCGUGCUGACUGCCCCCUUGGGUCUUUCAGUUCAUUUAAGGUCUCCAGAGGAGGAAUUUCUCCCUCCGGAAACUGGGGAGGAAAUUGGUGGAGGGCCCCACUUGGUCCCCAGGGGAGACAAUGAUGGCACAGCAGUCUCCAGGAACCUGUGUGCGUGGGGGGGCCAGGAUUCACCCCAGUCUCCCAGCAGCAAGGCUGUCCCGCUUCUGGCUCCUGAGUUCAGCGGCCUGGCCCUGAAAUACCUCCUGACUCCACUGAACUUCUUCCAAGCAAGGUUCUCUUCCAGGGGCUUCGACCAGCAAAUGGAAAAAUACCAUAAAUCCUUGCUGAAGUGCAGACGGGAGCACAGCCUUGUUUGAGCCAGUGCCACAGUUUUAAAGACAACGGCUGAUGGCUGGUGGGGAGUUUGUUUAGGGCCUUUUCUGUCUUCCCAGGAUUCUUUUGGGCUCACAUUGGAGCAACACUCCUCAAAGUGUGAUCAUUGGAAGCCUAAUGCUUAUGGAAUCCUCAGUAUGUAGUUGACUGUUUGAAAAAUCAUCUUCAUUAAAACUCCUUUACAUUGUGAGCCCCUGUAAGGUGGCCUGCAGUAAUAAUCUGUUUACAUUUUUUUAUAUUUUUUUUAUUGAUUUCAGAGAAGAAGAUAGAAACAUCAAUGAUGAGAGAGAAUCAUUGAUCAGCUGCCUCUUGCACGCCCCCUACUGGGGAUUGAGCCCACAACCCGGGCAUUUGAUGUUGACCGGAAUUGAACCCAGGACCCUUUGGUCCACAGGCCGGCACGCUAUCCACUGAGCCAAACCAGCUAGGGCCUGCUUAAAUUUGUUAAUACAGUGUUUCUCCAACAUUUUGGAAUGUGCAAUCCUCUUAAGUGGCUGCAGAAAUAGUUAGAGUCUGAAGCCAAGGGGCCCAGGGUAUUCCCGUUAUUUUGUGUGUCAUGUGCCAUUCUCCAUGUCCCCUCCUCCCUUUUCCUAGACAGAAGUCCCGAGGUGGUUCUGUUUUCUCACUUAGGAACUGUAGCGCUGGAGGAUAAAGUGGGGAUCCAGGCAGCACGUUCCAAUCCUGGAGGUCACUGACUUGCCAUGACCCCAUCCCAGCUACUUCCUGUCUCUGUCUUGGGGAGGGAACAGGAAGUGAAGAGCCUUGGAACAUGCAGAAAAAUUCCAUCUUUGCCUCCACGAGAGUUUGUAGUUGUCACUGGAGACCUACCUGGAAUGGUGCCAGCUGGAGCAUUGGGGACCCUCCCCAGGACGGUACCUGGAACCGGGAUGAGGGUAUGAUGGGCCUCCCAGCUGCCUGGAGGCCCUGAUUGUGACUGAAAUAAAAUUACAAAAGAUCACAUGUGCUGUCAGAUAUUCCUGAUUGUUCACAUAGCUGGGAUGUUUACUGCCUUCCCCCCUUCAGGCCCCCGCCCUUGGGUUGAGUAGGGAGCCAGAGCACACAGCCUGUUUGUUUUAGUAUCCAGGGCAGAGACCAAGGAGCCAGCUGGUGGAAGGGGUGGGGGUGUGCCGUUCUGCCCUGUUCUGCUCACAGCCUGACGGAUGCCAAGCCAAUAAGCAGGAGAGAGCCACAGGGCACCGGCAUGUAGAGCCAUUGCUUCAGAAUGGACCCGCCAGCCCUCACAGUAAUGCAGCCUCUGUUUCUUGUCCAGGAAAAACAGUUUCAUACUUUGGGAGGAAGAUAUGAAGAGUUUAGAUAUCAAAACAGGGCCUCGCUCUUGGGCAAGCUGUCCACAGCUGUGUUUUGUCAGUGGCCUUCACUCUAAGCCUCCUGUGGGCCCACGGGGAGCCGCAGCUGGGGAGCCUGUGGGGCAGCAGGAAACGGGCAUUGUCCUGGGCUUGAAUCCAUGCUUGAACAGCAGAGCCUCUGUGAACCAGGGGCUGGGCUACCUACCUCUCCUGGUUGUCGUGGAGGUUAGAGAACAGGAAAUUCCUAUCUCAGUGCCUACUACUAGUACCUGAUGGGUAUUUCAAAUAUUGGUUCUCUUAGCUCCUGGUUCUUUAUGAAGUUUAUAGCUCCAGCCGGUUUGGCUCAGUGCACAGAGCGACAGCCUGUGGACCGAAGGAUCCUGGGUUUGGUUCGGAUCAAGGGCACAUACCUCGGUUGCAGGCUCCUCCCCGGCCCGAGCCCUGGUCAGGGCACAUAGAGGAGGCAACUAAUCAAUGUGUUUCUCUCACAUUGAUAUUUCUCUCUGUCUUUCCGUCUCUCUCCCACUCUCUCUAAAAGUCAAUGGAAAAAUAUCCUCAGGUGAGGAGUAAAAAGGAAAACUGUUUACAUAUAAA